UUUAGCUGGCUCUCACGAGGAUACUCAGAGAGAGAGAGAGAGGAGUCAUUGUCUUGAGGGUGAUGAUGAUGGGCAGCUACAACAGAGACAGAGAAGAGGCUCUCACAUUCAUCACCAACCCAUCAUCUUCUUCUCCAAUUACAGUCUCUGACCAGCUCGAGUGCUACCUUACCGACCCCACUUCCCUCAUCGGAAGUGCUUCCGGAAGUUUCCAGAGCGACAGUCUUCUCGGCGCCGGCGAACUUGGCAGCACCAACGUCGACCUAGAGUUCGGAUUCUCCCGACCAGAUUUCCGGCAGAGCCCGCUUCCCGGGACCGUCGACUUCUAUCAACGCCAUGUCUUUCUUUGUUACAAGAACCCGCGGUUUUGGCCUCCGAGAAUUGAGGCUUCCGAGUUUGAUCGCCUGCCUAGGCUGCUUCAUGCCGCCGUCAUGGCCAGGAAGAGCGAUAUGAAGAAGGAGACCUGUUUAACAAUAUGCGAGGGACAUGAUGGGACUGAAACAUCAAAUGGAGAUGUAUUAAUCUUUCCAGACAUGGUCAGAUACAGGAGAUUGACUCAUUUUGAUGUUGAAACAUUUGUUGAAGAAGUGCUUGUAAAGGAUGGAGAAUGGCUUCCUGGAACUCCUGAAGCCUUAAGAGGUUCACACAUUUUUGUGUGUUCACAUGGAUCCCGUGAUCGUAGAUGCGGUGUUUGUGGACCUGUCUUGGUAAGUAAAUUCAGGGAAGAGAUUGAGUUACAUGGUCUUCAAGGGAAAGUGUUUGUUAGCCCAUGCUCACACAUUGGGGGGCAUAAGUACGCAGGAAAUGUCAUUAUAUUUGGGUCAAACAUCAAUGGAGAAGUCAUGGGGCACUGGUAUGGGUUUGUUACUCCCGAUGACGUGUCUGUUUUACUUCAGCAGCAUAUUAUAAAGGGGGAGAUUUGGGACUUGCUGUGGAGGGGUCAGAUGGGUAUACCAGAAGAUAUGCAGAAGAAAAACCAAGAACAGAGGCUUCGGCUGAAGGGCAUGAGAAAUAUAGAUGAAAGCCACAAAACGUCGAUUCUGAUACAAAAUUCUAAGAGAAGCUCCUCUCUUUGUAGAUCUCAAGACAAUUCUGUGAGCUGCUGCCCGGAAAACAAGAACUUCUCCUGCUGCCAGGACGAUGUGUUUGAGGAAAAGAUUAGUAAUUCUGAUGCCAUGGAGACAGAAGCAAAACUAUCAGCUGACAAUAAUAGCAGCAGCAUCAAUAGACUGGUUUCUCAAAUAAAUAGUGGCAAGGGAGUGUCGCGGCGGAAACUCCGUUCCAUGCCGAUGUGGCUUGAUAGCUGGGAGAAAGAAGAUACCUAUGCUGCUCUUGCUGUUGUCUGUGCUGCUGUGUCUGUAGCAAUUGCCUAUAGCUGCUACAAACAGUUGAAAUAGGGACGAAGAGAUAUUGGUUUGCUGUGUUAUUUAGCAUAGUGGUUCAGGUAACUUCUAUUGUCUCUCUGCAUUGUAGUCUAAUGCUAGUGCAGUGCAUGUGUAUAUGAGUUAUUCUCUGAAUGAUCAGUUUUUUUUUUUUUUUUUUGUGGAAAAUGUGAAUGAUCAAAGAUAAAAACAUUAAUAUUGGGUGGAAUUGAUUUGUGA